AUGGAAAUAUUAAAUGAAUUAUUUAAAAAGAAACCAAAAAAAUAGCAAUAAACAAAUGAAAGAGAAUAUACUGAUUUGAGCGAUAUUCAGAUGAUGAUCUAGUACACAUAGAGAAGAUAAGGAUUGGGUUUUGAUGACAUAGACCGAAGAGCCAAAUUUUAAUAGCCUUUUGUGAAGAAAUUAAAAAAGGAUUAGAUUGUCAAGAAAUAAGAAAAGCAAGAUGACAAUCAAGAACAAAAAUAAAAGGAAGAAAUAGGCAAGAAAGUAGAAAACAAGAUUAGCAAGAACACAAUAAAAAUAAAAAAGAAAUAAUUUGUAAUAAUCUGAAUAUAAUUUUUGC